AUGGGUUCCUGUUCGACGGUUAUAUUUCCUCCACAUUGGACUGCAGCAUCAAUAACCGAAUCAUCAGUGCAACUUAUUCCUCUCUCACAAUCAUCGCAAGAAUUUCAAGACUUAUCGAAUUUUUUUGCAAAAUCACUUGGAAAACCAUCCACUGUUGUUUAUUCUAUCACGAGAAUUCAAAACGUUCGUCUAUGGCACAUUCAUCAACAGUUACAAAAAAUAAUUCCCCAUGGUAGUCGACGUCUCAUCCAUGGAACAACGUCACCGCUAACGCAAAAACUGAUCAUGGAUCAUGGUUUUUGUCGAAGUUAUUGUCCUGGUGGUCUUAUCGGUGAUGGAGUAUAUUUUGCAAUGAAUGCAAGUUAUUCGAAUAGCGAUCCGUAUGUAUUGAAGAGAACGGCACAUCGACGGAACUGUCUAUUUUCCGAUCAGUUUUUACUCCAAAAUGUUUUGUCUCUAAAUAACUCCAAAGGCACAUCGUCUGAUGCAGUGUUUGACGCUGAUUCCAAAUAUAAUAUUAUUUUUGUUUUAAGAUGA